AUGGGGAAGAUUGUUUCCUUGAAUUUAAUUUUGACCAUUUUGGCUGGUCACUUUAUUAACUGGUCGACAUGUGCUGAAAAAUUCAGAUACGAUUACACGGUAGGUAAUAUUACUGUUAAUUCUUCAUCUCCAGUAUAUAUUUUCCCACCAUAUUCUCUCCGAAAUACUACAAUUUCUGUUCCAACUGAGACAACUCCUGAUCCCAAGAUUCCUCCAUUGGGUGCUUUUGAUAGGAAAAGAGGUCCAGAUUGCAAGACACCAUUUGUUACUUUUGAUUUAAAUCCAAUUUGUGGUACAGAUGGAAAUACUUACUCAAAUGUUUCUAUCUUUAGAAAUGCUCAGUGUGACGACGAGAACUUGGAGUUCAAACACUGGGGAAGAUGUAAAGGAUCUUCAUCUACUAUUAUGGGCCGUGAACAGAUUGUUUACAAGCGUCCAUACUUACCAAAAGGUGUUAUCCCACCUGUCAUUACUACUACCACUACUAUUACUACUACUACCACUACCACUACCACUACCACUACCACUACCACUACCACUACCACUACAACUACCACGAAACCAACAAAUGACUACCAGGAGCCACCUCUAGGUCCUUUAAAUAGAAAAAGAGGUCCAGAUUGCAAAACUCCAUUCGUAACAGCAGACUACAGACCAAUUUGUGGUUCUGACGGAAAAACUUACUCAAAUGUUGCAGUCUUUAGGAAUGCUCAGUGUGACAACGAGAACUUGGUGUUCAAAUACUGGGGAGAAUGUGUAACACAAACUAAGCCCCAAGAACCAGAGGAAAGACCUCCAUUAGGUCCAUUUAAUAGAGUUAGAGGUCCAGAUUGUAUUGCUCCCUACGUAGAUUAUGAGUUGAACUUGAUUUGUGGUUCGGAUGGAAAGACCUACAAGAAUGUCUCAUCAUUCAGAAAUGCUCAAUGUGAUAACAAAAACUUAGAGUUUGCACAUUGGGGUGAAUGCACUGUGGAUGAAACUCAAGUCAAUAAUUCAGAAAAGAGAGAACCUUUGGGAAGCUUGGAUAGACCCAGAGAUUCAAAAUGUAAGCAGAAUUGUCCCAAGUUCUACGACCCAGUUUGCUCAAGUACUGGUACCAUUUAUGCAAAUGAGUGCUACUUCAGAAAUGCUCAAUGUGAUGAUGAAAAUCUAACUUUCCUCCAUUGGGGUGUUUGUAAUAGUAAUGAUGCUGAUAAGAUCACUGGAAUCAUUUUUACCCAAGAAUCUGGUCCUUUUGAAUUAAAACCACUUGGUCCAUUUGAUAGAGUCAGAGGUCCAGACUGUGUAACUGCUUAUGUUGACUUUAACUACUAUCCAAUUUGUGGUUCUGACGGAAAGACUUAUAAUAAUAUUUCCCAAUUUAGAAAUGCUCAAUGUGAAGAUGAAAAUCUUGAAUUUGUAUACUGGGGAGUAUGUUUUGAGAAUUAUGAGCAAUACUUUGGGACAAUGAUUCCAUUAGGUCCUUUUAAUAGAAAGAGAGGUCCAGGAUGCAAAACUCCAUGUACAAGAGAGUAUAACCCGGUUUGUGGUACAGAUGGUAAUACAUACCCAAAUCCAUGUGAAUUUAGAAAUGCUCAGUGUGAUGAUGAGAAUCUUGGUUUCGCUCAUUAUGGAAUAUGUAAUGAAAAACCAGAGGAAAGGAAAACUCAGAGCCCAGUUCAGGAGGUAACUUCCGAGUUUUAUAGAUACAACUAUUACCUUUAUAGAGUUAGAGGGGAUAAUUGCAAAAAAUUAUGUAGUGAUUUGGACUCACCAGUGUAUGGAAGUAAUGGAAAGGAGUACAAAAAUGUUUGCCAUUUGUUAAAUGCAAUGUGUGAUGAUCCUUCAAUAAAACAUUAUAUGGCCAGAGUAUUUGAUAACGAAGAAUCUAAGGAAAAUCCUCCCAAAAUCACUAAACCAGACCUAGGGCCUUUUGACAGAAAAAGAGGUUCAAAUUGCAAACAAAGUUGCAAUAAAUACUAUGACCCAAUCUGUUCAAGUACUGGUGCCGUUUAUGCAAAUGAGUGCUAUUUCAGAAAUGCUCAAUGUGAUGAUGAAAAUCUAACUUUCCUCCAUUGGGGUGUUUGCAAUAGUAAUGAUGCUGAUAAGAUUAUGGCUAUUAUCUUCACUGAAGAAUCUGGACCUUUUGAGACACUUCCUUUGGGACCAUUUGACAGAGUUAGAGGCCCAGACUGUGUAACUCCUUUCAUAACUAUGGAUUUAAGAUAUAUUUGUGGAUCAGAUGGAGUAACAUACACAAAUAUUUCUCACUUUAGAAAUGCUCAAUGUGAAAAUGAGGAUCUUGAAUUCGUUCAUUGGGGUAAGUGCCUUACCACUGAAGAUAAUAUGGAAUCUCCUCACAAGGUUCAUGGUAUAUCUUCCCCAGGUUCUUUGAAACGUAAAAGAAAUGAGGAUUGCAAUAAAGUAUGUAACAAAAGAUAUGCUCCGAUUUGUGGUAGUGAUGGACAAAUUUAUGGAAAUUCAUGUGAAUUCAUGAACGGUAAAUGUGAGAAUGAAGGAUUGACUGAAUCAAGCUGGGAAGUAUGUGCUGAUAAAAAUGCUUCCAAGAGUACUACAAGUACUAGUACUACUACCACUACCACUACCACAACUACUACCACUACUGCUUCUACUACAACCCCACAAACAGUUUGUUCAACAAAGCCUACUAUAUCUGAAACUAAUAGAGGUAAUUUAAGAAGUCUGAAAACAGAUGAAAAUGAAAAUAAUGAAAAGGAGUUUUUACCAACUAGCACUACCACUAAGACAAUUUCAGAGAACUCUCCAGAUACAGAAGAAGGUAUGGAUGAGGGUUUGUUUAUGAGCCUAAUGGAAGUUAUCUCUGUAACCUCAUUCAACACUCCAGAACCAACAAUAACGAGACAAAGCACUGGUAAUUGCUUGAAUCCAACAGACUUGGACAUUUUGUUCGGUGAAACAAGUACUUUAUUCCAAAAUGUUGUAAUUGUAUGUGCAAGAUCAUCCCUUGGUAAUGGAGGAAAGACUUCUAGGUGCAUACAAAGUAAAACCUUCGGUGAGAGAAAUCUUGAAAUUUCAGAGAAAUGCGUUAGCUGCUACAAGGAAUCAGCAACUUGCGGUAGUAAGAAGUGUAAAUCAGCCUGUCUCACAUCCACUUGUAACACUAAAUGUCAGAGAUGCUUUGAAAAGAACUGUAAUGAUGAUCUUCGACGUUGUGUUGGUACAAGUUGGUUGCCGAGACCAUGUGGACUUGACCCAUUCUCUCCAAUUCCAGAUGGGUGGAAGACUCCAGACCCAAAACAAAGUGACAUUAAUCCACCCAAGUAA